CUUUAUCAUAUGCUAUACCGGUAAAGGACAUAUCGUCUACCUCAGUUGGCAUAUCAAAAAUACGUACCUUCCCUUCAACCGAAAGUUUUGCGGUUGCUGUUCAACAUGUCGAUAAUCUUGUGAAUGAUUUUGGUGACGUGCUCGCGGAGAGAAUUUCUGCUGUUGUCAUAAACAUUAUAAACAUUGACUUACGUGACGAACAAUUGUUUGUGAACAAUGUGCCUGUCCCAUUAGGGGUUAAUUCCAUCCAAGUAAUUAAAGCAAAAGUUAUUCCGGAAAAUAAAGAUAUUUUUAAAUACGAAAACAACUUUAAUAGUGGCCUCAUUACAGUCGAAGUUAACACUGUUGCUGAGUCUUCAUAUACCGAGGAGAAGGGUGGAUCUCUUCUUCGUCUCAAAAUUUCCAUCCGCAUAGUCGAAAUUGAUGGAACAAAAGUUAAUCAAGUUGAUGACAUUAACAAAGCUUUCGAAUUCAGAAGUUUAGAAACUGCUAAUGACAGUCAAAAUUCAGAAAUUGCUAUUAUCUAUCUCAAAAGUCAUUCUUGUUCUAUGAUUUCUCAUUUCCGUCAUUGGUGGCACUCUUCUCCUUGGCUUACCCAGACUGCUCUUGUUGCCUUAUUCUUUAUUUUCUUUUGUAUUUUAUUUAUGGCUAUCCGUGAAG